UGUGUGUGUGUGUGUGUGUGUGUGUGUGUGUGUACUGCGUGUCCAUGCUGAGACCUGUCAUAACACACACACGCACACGCAUACACGCAGGCUGGUGGGUGUGUGCGUGGGGCGAGGCGCGUGCCACCGCCACCACCAUAACACGAGUGCCACCGCCGCCGCCGCCGCCGCCGCCUGCCAGUCGCCAGACAGCCGUGGUGGGGUGUACACGCGCGCGAGGUCUAUCCGCCACACGUCAGAAGGUGUCUCUGCCGCGCCCUGCAAGCUGCGUGGUGUGGUGAGGUGCAGGCGUGCUGUGGUGCUGUGGUGGUGUGUGGUGUGCUGCUUGCCGUGCAUGCCGCGGCCCUCGGCGUCUGCCGUGUUGCGAGGGGCGCCCUGCUGCACCGCCUCCGUCGGGAGCCGCCAUGCCCCGGUGGGCGGGCCGAGGUCCGGGGGCGCGGCGCGGCUGUGAGUGAUGAGCAGGUGGUGGCCGUGACCCGCGUGGCGGCGGCGGCACAGUGCUGGUGGCGGCGGGCAGCCCAUGUCCCUCACGGCGCAGGAGGUGGUGGAGCGCGCGGGCGUGGAGCUCUCCAAGUGCAUCACGGGCCUGGGGCUCCGCUCCCGCAGCAGGGAGAGGGAGCUGCCGGGGGCCGGCGGCGGCGGCGGAGGCGGAGGUGAGGGCGGCGGCGGCAGGAUGGGGUCUGUGCGGCGCGGCGGCGGCGGCGUCAUGGAGAAGGUGGCCAAUGUGUUGUGUGGGAACAGUGUGGCGGGGGCGGGCCUGGCCAACGGCAAGGCCAAGGUGGACAAGCCCCUGCCGCCCGAGAAGCCCACGCGCUUCCUGCUGAGCAAGGUGAGGAACGGCGGCGUGGCGGCGCCCACGCAGGCACAGGCCGCGGCGCUGGCGCCCCUCAACGGGCACCAGGGGUCGCCGCGCCCCACGCGGUCGCCGCGGUCCCCCGCACACCUGCUGCGCGGCCAGCGGUACCUGGCGUGGGAGGACCUGGUGCGGGACGAGGCCUUCCUCACCAGGCUCUUCUCGUACUUCUCGCCGCUGGAGAGGACGGUGCUGGCGCAGGUGUGCGUGCGGUGGCGCGCGGUGCUGUACCAGCCCAGGUUCUGGCACGGCCUGCGGCCCGUCCUGCACUGCCGCGAGAUGCGCAGCGCCAACGUGGAGGUGACCACGGACAUGCGGCGGCGGUUCUAUGUGUCGGUGCAGAAGCGUGGCUUUGACUCCCUGGUGCUGAUGUGUGCCAACGACGAGGACCUCAUGGACCUGGUGGCUAACUACGCCGUCAACCACACCAAGGCGCUGCGCUCCGUGGCCCUGCGCUGCUCCAACGUGUCCGACAAGGGCCUGGAGACGCUGCUGGACCACCUCAACGGCGUGUACCAGCUGGAGCUGCAGGGCUGCAACGACGUGACGGAGGCGGGGCUGUGGGCCUGUCUCAACCCGCGCAUCGUGUCCCUCUCCGUGGCGGACUGCAUCAACGUGGCGGACGAGGCCGUGGGGGCCAUCGCCCAGCUGCUGCCCUCCCUCUACGAGCUCAACCUGCAGGCAUACCACGUCACGGACGCCGCCCUCGCCUUCUUCAGCCCGCGCCAGACGUCCACGCUCAGCAUCCUGCGCCUCCACUCCUGCUGGGAGCUCACCAACCAUGCCAUCAUCAACAUUGUGCACUCCUUGCCAAACCUGACGGUGCUGAGUCUAAGCGGCUGUAGCAAAAUCACAGACGACGGUGUGGAACUCAUUGCGGAGAACCUGAGGAGGCUUCGAUCUCUUGAUUUGUCGUGGUGUCCAAGGAUAACUGACGCUGCCCUUGAAUACAUAGCCUGCGAUCUCAACCAGCUGGAGGAGCUUACUCUAGACAGAUGCGUGCACGUGACGGACAUAGGAGUUGGCUACGUGUCCACCAUGCUGUCCCUGUCUGCUCUCUUCCUGAGGUGGUGUUCCCAAGUGAGAGAUUUUGGUGUCCAGCAUCUUUGUUCAAUGAGAAAUAUACAAGUUCUCUCCCUUGCUGGCUGCUCUCUGGUCACCUCCGCGGGGCUCUCCUCUCUGGUUCAGCUCCGCCAUCUACAGGAGCUUGAACUAACUAACUGUCCUGGAGCUACGCCGGAACUGUACCACCACCUGCACCUCCACCUUCCCAAGUGCCUCAUCAUCGAGUAGCAUCACCUCCACCCGCUCCACACCCUCCACCUGCCCCACAAAUAUCUUAAAUGUAAGGUUGAACUGCGCUCCUCGGCCCCCUGGAAGAUCUGGUGCAGUUCCCCUUCAAAUCUCGGUUCAUAGAAAGUGGUUCCGUCUCGUUUUCUGUUGGGUUUGUUUACAUUUGGCGUCUCUCUGUCUGUCUGUCUCUGGUCUCUCUCUCUCUCUCUCUCUCUCUCUCUCUCUCUCUCUCUCUCUCUCUCUCUCUCUCUCUCUCUCUCUCUCUCUCUCUCUCUAAUCCCGAAUAAUUUGAUUAUAUAUAAAUAUGUAAAAAAAAUAGAUUAAAAAACGGGUCUAGAUAGAUAAUUAUAAUAAGAGAGAGAGAGAGAGAGAGAGAGAGAGAGAGAGAGAGAGAGAGAGAGAGAGAGAGAGAGAGAAUAUAAUUUUCAAACCUAUAUUAAAAAAACUGUAUACAAACAUAUUAUUAUUAUUAAUAUUAUUAUCAUUAUUAUUAUUAUUAUUAUUAUUAUUAUUAUUAUUAUUAUCAUUAUCAUCAUCGACUCAACAAAAUAAUAUAAGAAAAAUUACAAAUAUUAUCACUAUAAGUAUCAGGUUAACAAAAAUAAAUAAAUAAAUAAAUAAUUAUAAGUAACUUGCAAAACAAAACAAAAAAAAAUCUGUUAAGCAUAUCGAGGAAGGAGAGAGAAGCAUUUAUAAGUACACUUGGAAAAGCAGACAUAUCCUACACUUGCUCUCACUUAACAAGGAGAAUAGUGGGUGUUUAUAAGUAUUCGUUAUAAGUGACUUGAAAAGAAAGUGUUGAAAAAUAAGGUCUUGGAGGAAAAUCGUCAGAAAAAAGUGUUUAUAAGUAAAAUAACAGGAAAAAAGUGUUUAUAAGUAAUAUAAUUGGUAAAAAAGUGUUUAUAAGUAAUAUAAUUGGGAAAAAAGUGUUUAUAAGUAAAAUAAUUUGGAAAAAAAGUGUUCAUAAGUAAAAUAACUGAGGAAAAAACGUUUAUUAGUGAAAUUAUUCGAGGAAAUGUGUUUAUAAGUAAAAUAAUCAUGAGAAAAGUGUUUGUAAGUAAAAUUAUCGAGCAAAAACGUGAUUAUAAGGAAAAUAGCUGAGAAGAAAUGUUUAUAAGUAAGGAAAUUCAGAAGAAAAUAUUUAUAAGUAAGAAAAUUCAGAAAAAAAUGUUUAUAAGUAAUAUAAUUUAUACCCAUAAACAACUUAACAAAAAAAAUGUGUUUAAGCAAAAUAACUCAGAGAAAAAGUGAAUUACGAAGAACUAAGUAUAAGUACGAUAAUUACCAAAAAAAGUAUAAGUAACUGAACCACAACUACAAGCAUAUUUAAAAUUAAGUCCACUGAGGCAAGAAAAGUGUAUGAUAAGUAAGCCAUAAAAAUAAUAUAAGUACCCUUUUAAGUAUACAAUAACAAACAACCUUGAAAAAAUUAUAUUAUAAGUAGAAAAAUGUAUGUAAGUAGAAGAUAAGUAACUUGAAGAGUGCUUUUAAGUAAACCUUGGAAAUAAAAGUGUUACCCAUACGAAGAAAACGUAAAUUAUAAGUAACCACCUUGAAAAUUAUAAGUGCAUUAUUAAAAGUGUCUCAUCUACUUCAGUACUUAUAGAAAAAUCAUUGGAAAAGUAAGUUAUAAGUAAGAAGCACGAAAAAAUUUAUAAAUGCAUUCAAGAAAAGUGUUAAAUUUACUUAAAUACUUAUAAAAAAAAUACCCGGAAGUAAACACCAUCAGAAUACAAACAAAAUAUAUAAGUAUAACAAAAAUAUUAUAAGUAACAACCUUGAAAAAUAUAAAAUAAAUUGAAAAAACUUAAAUUUACUUGAAUACUUAUAAAAACACCGUCAAAAUACAAAAAAAGAGAAGUAUUAUAAGUAGAACGAAAACAUUAUAAGUAACAACAUUGAAAAAUAUAAACAAACUGAAAAAAAAUUGUCAUACUUAAAUACUUAUAAAAAAAAUAAAAAAACAACGAAAAAAAAUAAUUCUAAUUAGAACGAAAACAUUUUAAGUAACAAGAUUGAAAACAAAUAUAUAAGAACAUUAAAAAAAAACACAUCACACUUAUACGAAACUCCUUCUAAGUAACUACCAUUAUAAAUACCUUGGAAAAUAAAUAUAAGUGACUCCCCCUUGAAAGUAAGCGUGUUCAGUCAUAGAAAACGGAGAAGUAUUUAUAACUGACGGAAAGAGAGGGAGAUUUAAGUGAAAAUUCAACACUAUAGUAAUUUCUGUGCAUCUCAAAAAUGUUUAUAAGUAUUUGAAGUGCGUUAUUCUCUCUCUCUCUCUCUCUCUCUCUCUCUCUCUCUCUCUCUCUCUCUCUCUCUCUCUCUCUCUCUCUCUCUCUCUCUCUCUCUCUCAGUCAUGUAUGUAUGUACGUUUGUAUGUAUCUAUGUGUGUGUGUGUGUGUGUGUGUGUGUGUGUGUGUGUGUGUGUGUGUUUAUUAAUUUAUAUUCUUCUAUGUUAACGAAAAAAUAAUAAUAAUAGACGGAGGAAGAAGCGAGUGAUAAUAAUAAUAAUAAUAAUAAUAAUAAUAAUAAUAAUAAUAAUAAUAAUAGCAGUAGCAAUAAUAACAACAAUAAUAACUAAUAAUAAUAAUAAUAAUAAUAAUAAUAAUAAUAAACAGGAGGAGAACCAAAACAACAACAACAACAACAACAACAACAACAUCAAGAAAUUAAGGGGAAAAAAAUAUAUAUCGUUCCUUUAAGAUUAACAAAAAUUUACGGAAAACUUUAAGGGGGGAAAAAAUCAGAAAAUUGCGUAAUAUUUAUUUUUGAACCAAAGGAAAACAAAAAAAACUGUAUCCAUUAAUUUAGGUUUUAUUUAUUUAAUAUUAUAUGUAUUUGUAUUUAAAUCAUGUAUAUAGUAUUUUCUGUAAGGAGGAGGAGGAGGAGGAGGAGGAGGAGGAGGAGGAGGAGGAUAAAUAGAAAGGAGGAGAAGAAGAGGCUACGAAUAAGAAAAAAGAAGAAGGAGGAGAAGAAGAAGAAGAAGAAGUUACGUAUGAGAAGAAAUAAAAUAUAAUAACAAUAAUAAUAAGAAGAGAAAUGCGAUAAAGAAGAAGAAGAAGAGGAAGAGGAACACAAAGAAAGAACAAGAACAAGAAGAAAAAUGUAGCAAUUAUUCAUUUUCUUUCUAUUUUUCACAUAAGUUUCGUUCAUAAUCACUUUUUUUCUAUUCUAAGUAAAUUGUAAGUAGAUUUAAGUGUUUUCUGUGUGUCAUUUUGUACGUUUGGUUUUAUAAGUGUACCUAAGUGAACCAUUAGAGAUAGCUUUUAAAAGUGAGAUAGUUCAAUUGUUGUUGUUUUGCUUUAUUUUGCUUUAUUUUUUAGUCCGAGAGAGAGAGAGAGAGAGAGAGAGAGAGAGAGAGAGAGAGAGAGAGAGAGAGAGAGAGAGAGAGAGAGAGAGAGUGUUCUUUUCCUGUUUCCCGUCUUUCAAAAUACUUAAACUCUCUCUCUCUCUCUCUCUCUCUCUCUCUCUCUCUCUCUCUCUCUCUCUCUCUCUCUCUCUCUCUCUCUCUCUCUCGUAUAUUCUUACUAAUUUUACUUAAAUGUGUGUGUGUGUGUGUGUGUGUGUGUGUGUGUGUGUGUGUGUGUGUGUGUGUGUGUGUGUGUGUGUGUGUGUGUGUAAGUACGUACGUGAAAUUUAGUCACAAAGGAACACAAAUGAAGAACAAUAACAAAGAUCAAUUACUAGAAUGUUUGUUUGUGGUGUGAGAAAUUAUUGUUAUUGUUAUUAUUAUUAUUAUUAUUAUUAUUAUUAUUAUUAUUAUUAUUAUUGUCAACUUUUUCGUCUGCAAAUUUAUAUUAUUUAUUUCUAUUACCGUCUCUCUCUCUCUCUCUCUCUCUCUCUCUCUCUCUCUCUCUCUCUCUCUCUCUCUCUCUCUCUCUCUCUCUCUCAUGGCUGUGUGUGUACGUGUGUGCGUGUGCGUGUGCGCGUGUGUGUAUCCCAGCACUAUUAAUAAUAAUAUAUAUAUUUAUCAUUUACUCUCUCUCAUCAUCUCGAACACUUAAAUGUGCAGCAAAAAAAAAAAUAAUGGAAACAUGAAAUAAUGGUGUGUUUUAACAAUACAAUAUAUAAGCCCGUAUGUUCCUCCCUAUAUGGCGGGAGUGUCGCCGCCCUGCAACAGUCCCUAGGGAGUGUCGCCGCCCUGCAAGAUUUAAAGCCCCGCCAGUGGCCCUCAGUGUCAAAGGAGGCGGCGUGUGGGGAGGAUGUACGCCGCCGCCGCUCUUAUCCCACAGCGGUGUUGAUUCUUCCUGUGAGAAAGACAUUUUUCAUCUCGAAGUAAAUAUGUAGGAAAGUAGACCUGAAUAAACACUUAAGAACCUGA